UCCCAGAGCACUGCACGGGUGACGCCCGGGGUCCCAAAUUAUUUUUCUGUUUUCUGCAUUUUUUCGCGUCAGAAUCAAUUUUCGUCCCAUAGAUUUUGUACUCGGUGUACUCAUUGGUCAGAAGUUGUUGUAUUAUCGGAAAAUUUAGUUAAAAACGCCCCGUUUUCUGAGAGACCGAAGUCCGACUUGUAGCAACUUGUCUGCGAAAUUCUGCAAAAUGGCGACAAUUUCUUUCGGUGUAGGGAGCAGAGCUGUGAGUCCGGUAGUCGGGAACAGGCGGCCGCUUGGGGAACUAGACGCGCCCGUACGCGAGAUGAGACACCACUCACUGCAAAAUAUUGACAAUAGUUGGGGUGAGGGUUGGUACGACGGCGACACUGAGUCAGAGACGGAGAUCGAGGCGUCUCCCAGGAUGACCAGCUCCCCCCGCCUGCCGGUACCGGUCAGCAGGUCAGUCUGGGCUCCGGGGAGACCCCGGCCAGUCAUGGACACCCUCAGGCACAUCACCACCAAGCUGAACAACACCGCCGUGACUUCACCGCCCAGCAAGCACAGAGCAAAUGAAGAAUCACCUCCAGAAUUCCACAUGUUCUUUCAAACACCAGACAGAAGCCAGGAGGAGACAUUAACAAGGAAACGACUUCAGAUGACCCCGCUGGAUGCCGUGACCUCUGACAUGUUUGGUGAUCAGGAGAACAAUAGACUAGGUCCACAGCCACCAAAGCGAACUCGGGUGCACAGAGCGCCCCAGCCAGCUCACCUGUCAGCGAGGCUAACAGCCCUCAGCAAGGCCCAGCUGGUGGAGCUGCUUAGUAAAGUGGUCUAUGAGAGACACCCACAACUGGAACAGGAGGUUCACGCGAUGUUUCCUGAACCAGACCUGUCGGGCCAUGAAGACCACUUGAGCUCAUUAGUCCGCGGUGUGUACAAGUCCUUCCCUCGCAGUAGGCUGGGGACUGCCAGGGAUGUACACAUCUACAGGAAAGUGUCCAGACACUUGGAUCAAUUCAGGAGAGAGUGCUUGAACCAGGGCAAGGCCCUGCAGUUCUCCCAGGAGUGGGGUGCCUGUAUAGACUACACCCUGAGGGCCUGGCGCUGUGUGUCCGAGCUGCCCACCUUCGACUGCCCGUCCCACAAUGCUGCCAAGCAGCAGUGUUACAGCGGUCUGGCAAAGCAAUGCAAGAAAGCCUUGGGUCAGAGCUUCUUGGAGAAAGAGAGAUACAACCAGUUCAGGCCAAGAUUUGUGAAGGCAUGUCAGCUGAACCAACAGAUGGAACCCUGCCUCAGACUGCUGGAUGACAUCAUCAGAGACCUCCCCUGAUACAGUGUUUCACCCAGUUUCAGUCAACUUGCCAUCCGAUUGUUGUUCAACUCUCAGCCUUCUCUGGAUCUCUCAUUUCAUCAAGAAGAAAAAUCAUAACUAUGAUGUCCAGUUGAUAUGAAUUGAGAUAGAAUAAAAAAGACAUUUUCUAUUCUGGGAAUGCUUCGGCAACCUUUCAAGAGGGACCACCUUUUCCCCCAACAAUGUAUGAAAUGUAGUAUUUUAUUAUGAAGAAAGUGCUGCUGCAGUGGUUGUUCAUGUUAUAAAGUAUGCAUUUAAGUACUGAUGAAAUAGCUGAGAGCCUUGGAAUUUUAGUUGAUUUAGUGUGUAACAGACUUUAAGCAUGAGAUAAACCAUAUGGACAUACCAUAUAAUGGUAGACUACAGAUCCUGUUUGGGUUUCUAAGAUAUUCUGUAACAAUGUUGGUAGCUCUACAGUAGAAUAUUAUUGGGGCAUACUGACUAUGGAAAAAGAAAAUAGCAAAAGUCCUGCUCAAGGACGCUUUGUCGGACAUUUUGUUACAAAAAGUGACUUCACAAGAUUCUGUUGGACAGCCUAUUACAAAUCAUAUCUGUCUGUAAUCGUACAUUGAAUUAUGUUUUUCACAACAGAAAAUCUUUAUGAAGUAUGUAAUGUACUUUUUUCAUAUUGAUAAAAAGUGACAAAUAAUGUUGAUUGCAAAUUGUCGAGGUCCAUUUCACUACCUAUUUUAGAUGUAUUUUUACGUGAUUGUUUGCAAUUUUGGAUGAAUUUUAGACUAAUUGAAACUGAUGUUCUCUUUGAGACUGAUAUUGUGAAUGUAAAAUACUUAAUACAUGCCUUUACAUGUCUGGGCAUUAUUAUGAUAUCCAUCACAUAAGUCACAUUUGUUUCAUCAUUUGGAGAUUGAACAAAUGCUGCAGAUGAGACCCAGCAGUUAUGAAGUGAGUGCUGCAAGUGUCAUUAAAAAGGCAGUGGAUAGAAGUUUGA